AUGUGGAAAGAUCGCCUCAUACGCCACAUACUUUCAUUUCAGCAACGCUUUUCGUUCAGGGACAAUAGAGUUCCCGUCGCAGCUGCGGUCGGCAUUGCCACAGGCUCAUUGGUGGCCGGCAUGUGGGUGGUUCGCGAUUAUCAACGUUGGCGGUCCUUUGGCGUCGGCGGGAGCCCGCCUAAUCCAUUCGGCUACUCUCGAAGCUUGCUUCUUGGCCUCAUCAACAAGAUUACAUUCUACAAUACUCGAGAUACUUCGUCACUCUCUGCAACAAACUCCCCGAGACUGAUACCGGAUGACGAACUGCCGACACGACAAGGACCAGCUGUCCGGAUCCUUUUCCCGCCUUUGCCUCAUCGGCAGGCUCCUGAAGAGCUGUCUAGUAAUCUCCAGGACAAACUCCACGCCUUGAUCCCCACCCUGGGAUCGUCGCGUCCUGACCUUUUUGAGAUCCGAACUAGUCAAACCGAAGGAGGCACUACAUCCGCACUCUAUGCUCGUGCUGACAAUCCCAAACUGAAUCCUGUUGCCAAAAAGCCGGUUUUUACAUUAGAUAAAGAGAUUGCACAUGUCCAUCCGCAAGAUAACUCUCUACAUGUGUGGUUAAGUGAGGCGGACGCAAAGGCGAUUAUCGAAAAGGGCUGGGGUGAACGAUUCGUGGUUAGCCUUGCGCCAAAGGGGUUCGUUAUGGUGUAUGCCCCCAGGAACGAGGAUGAGUUGAGGACAGUGGAAUGUAUUGUGAACGGGGCAGCAAAGUGGAUUUCCGGUGCCUAUGGCCUGUAG